GAUUGUACAGAUAAAGGGGGUGCUGAAGGCUUGCAGGAUGGAGGGAGGUGCUUAUGGAGCUGGCAAGGCUGGUGGAGCCUUUGACCCCCAGACAUUCAUCAGGCAACCUCAUACAGUCCUUCGGAUGGUGUCAUGGGUAUUCUCCAUAGUGGUCUUUGGAUGUAUAGUUAAUGAGGGAUAUAUCAAUCGUUCAAAUGAGGGAGAGGAGCAUUGCAUUUUCAAUCGAAACCGAAGUGCCUGCUCUUAUGGAGUGUCAGUAGGGGUGCUGGCAUUCCUCACCUGCGUCCUCUACCUGGCCCUGGAUAUCCACUUCCCGCAGAUCAGCAGUGUGAAAGAUCGCAAGAAAACUGUCAUUUCUGACAUUGCGAUUUCUGCUUUGUGGGCCUUCUUCUGGUUUGUUGGUUUUUGCUUCUUGGCCAAUCAGUGGCAGGUCUCCAAACCAGAGGACAACCCACUGAACGAAGGUGCAGAUGCUGCUCGGGCUGCCAUCGCGUUCUCAUUUUUUUCUAUAUUCACGUGGGCGGGACAAGCAUUUCUGGGAUAUCAACGUUAUCGUCUGGGAUCUGACUCUGCACUCUUCUCUCAGGACUACAUGGACCCAAGCCAAGAUCAAGGUCCCCCUUAUCCACCUUACGCCAGCAAUGAAGACCUAGAUCCAUCUGCGGGCUAUCAGCAGCCUUCCACAGAUGCCUAUGAGGCUGGAUCACAGGGUUACCAGGCCCAGGAUUACUGAAGGCUUUUGUAUAGAGUCUUUCUUGUCUGAGGGAGUAGUAACCUCUUGCUUUCUAAGAUGUUGCAGUUCCCUCUGACUGUGAAAGAGAUAAGAAGCCAGUCCUUAUUUUUGAUGACAUAGGCUCCAGGGAACAUUAUGUUUUUACUUUUCUUUGGUACUAAUAUUUUUUUCCAUCUACUUUUUUCUUUAUUUUAAAGCGGUUAGCUGGGUUGACUCAAUAUAAUACAGCAUUUUUAUUUAAAUUUCCUUACAUCCUUAAAUUCUGCAUUGCUUAUUGCGUGAAGGGCCAUACAUGGUAAUCUUUUUGAGGGUGUGGAAAACCAUUGUUAAUUCCAGUGCAAUCUGUUAAUCUGUUGAUCUGUUCUACUGACUUGAAUGAUAUGCAUUUCUACAUCAAAUAGCAGUCCCACUUCGGUGUACUGCAUUUAUUUUGUUUUACUGUAGAAAUAAAACAUGCACAUAAUGUACACACUUGAGUUUUACUUAAGUCAUAUGUCAAUGUAACUGUACUGCAAGCAAGAAUUGGUGUCGGUGAUAGAGAAAUAAGUUACAGUAAAACAUUUGUAUGUGGAUUCUUUGAACAGUGACCUUUUCCUCUACUAAAGGAUUAUUAAAUGUUUGCACCAUAAA